UAUUUAGUUCAAGAGAAAUGUCAAGCAAAGCUCAUAGGAGCGCUAUAAAAAGCCAUUGGGAAGUCAGACUUCAUCAGCAAGAGGACUUUGUGUCUGGUGAAACAGAGCACGCACCAGCUGAAGUUCACACACGGCAAUGACUGGCUGUAGCCCGGCGGUCAGGAGGAGACAGCAAGGCUGAACUUCCCAGGGAGAACGAAGCAGAAACCUUGUGAGGGUUUCCAUCGUCAGCUUGGAGCUGUGCUUGGAAAGAAGGCAGGCUGCUCUGCACAGAGCAUCACCCAGCUCCACUUAGGACCUUCUUCAACACAGCAGCUCAAGAGAUGCUGAGCCAUCCCAACAGCACAACAGUGGAGAGAACAUGUAGGACCAAUGUGAUUUUGGGGCAACCGUGCCUACGCCUGGUUGCGAUUGAGCUCAGCAGGACCAGGAGUGGAGCAAGCAAGUCCCACAGAAGCGGGUAGGGGCUGGGAGCAGGCACCUGCCCCAGCAGCAGCCCCAGCACUGAGCCACAGGCAAAGCAGCACCUUGCAGCACCCCAUGAUGUCAUGUAGGUCGCUGUGCUCGUGUAAACAAGGCUGGUGUGGUGCAGACAGGACGCUCCACUUCCUCCCAACAGCACGGUCGCAUGUAGCUGGGUUUCUGCCUGGAAAGGAAUGAUCCACCCACCCUAUACCACAACAGAUGUUUCCAGCAGCCCAGUCAUGACACACAGCAACCAGACCUGCUCCAGCCAUAACAUAACGUUUAAAAACAACCUGUAUGCCACUACGUACACCCUCAUAUUCAUCCCUGGCCUCCUGGCAAACAGCGCUGCCCUAUGGGUCUUGUGCCGCUUCAUCAGCAAGAACAACAAAGCCGUCAUUUUCAUGAUCAACCUGGCUGUGGCUGACCUGGCUCACGUCCUCUCACUGCCAUUGAGAAUAUAUUAUUACAUUAACUCCACGUGGCCUUUUGGGAGAUUCCUUUGCUUACUGUGCUUCUACUUGAAGUACCUUAACAUGUACGCCAGCAUUUGUUUCCUCACCUGUAUCAGCAUUCAGAGGUAUUUCUUCUUGUACCAGCCAUUCAAAGCCAAGGACUGGAAGCGGCGGUACGAUGUCGCCAUCAGCGCCGUGGUGUGGCUCUUUGUUGGGGUGGCGUGCUUACCCUUCCCCAUCAUGCGGAGCUAUGGGCUAGCCAAAACCACAAACACCUGCUUUGCAGACCUUCAAGUCCGUCAGAUUGAGAGCAAGCUGGCCACUGUGCUGAUGAUGGGCACAGCCGAGCUCUUUGGGUUCAUUGGACCACUCACCAUUAUUUUAUUCUGCACUUGGAAAACAAAAGACUCUCUUCGAGGCUUCCAGAUACCACUUCAAAACAGCAGUGAGAGGCGGAAGGCUUUAAGGAUGGUUUCCAUGUGUGCCAUCGUGUUCUGUGUGUGUUUUGCACCAUACCACAUCAACUUCUUUUUCUACAUGUUGGUGAAAGAAAACGUCAUUACAGACUGCUUCCUGAGUACCAUCACGCUCUAUGCCCAACCCUUUUGCUUAAGUCUUGCAAGUCUGGACUGCUGCUUGGAUCCAAUCCUAUAUUUCUUUAUGACUUCAGAGUUUCAAGACCGGAUAUCAAAGCACAGCAGCAUGGUCAUCAGGAGCCGGCUCAUGAGCAAAGAGAGUGCCUCAUCAAUUAAGGAAUGACAAGAAAGCCAGCUUAGAAGAAUGAAGGUAUUUCGUAUGAAAUCUGGGACUGUUCCAUGAUACUUGAUUACCAGCUCCAUUGUGGAAAAUCCUGCAAGCUUAUGCAGGAGAGUUUUCUGGCAGUGGAAAUCUUUUGGUGUACAGAAGAUAAAACUCUGUUUAAGACCCAGAUGUAGGAAGCUGAAGAGUGGCCCCACUGGCGUGCCUACACUUAGUGCUGUGCCACACAUGCCUGACCUAUCUGGGCUAGAAAAGAUACAGGAGGGCGUGACAAAGCUUUCUCUAGGAAAUGGUGGAGACCUCCCAGAAGUUUUUCUUCUACUUUCCCACCUCCAUGGCUCUAUGAUCAAGCUAAAGACAAUCUUAAAUCCAUACACUGACAUCCACUGAAGCAUCAUCUCUGCUAAACACCCACAAUGCAUACAAGAACCUGAAAAUGGCCAGUAACAAUAAAUGGCAUUAUUCUUUCUGCAGUCCGUGCUGCAGAUGCAUGAAGGUUGGCAGCUUGCUUCAGCAUGGCAGCCUCAGCUUUCCACUGCUGAGUGCAUCCCACUGGUCACCAGACUUACCUCUGCUUCAUCUUUCCUGCACUUCCCCUCCUGCUCUCAUUCAUUAUUUCCACCAAGCUCUAAGUUUGCUCCUUAAUUGCUGAUACAUCCUGUAACUUGCACUUACUGCAGGUGUGAGACCCUCUGCAAGAGAAACUCUCCCAAUGGCUCCUCAAAGAUCCUUUUCUCCAAGUAGCUUUCUUCCUCUCCAAGCUGCCCGUGUUGGCAAGGGGGGCACCAACACGUGGCCUUUGUCUUUGGAUCCUGAGAAACAGGAUCGCCAGGAUCAUGCUGGAGACUGGGCACAGUCAGACUCAGCAUUGGUGCGGGUGGAUCUGAUGAUGCCAGUGGUAGCAUUCAGGUCCUUUCUCUCUUCUGUGUGUUUUGUUUUGGGCCCAGAG